AAUAUUUUACAGGCGUUUAGAAAUUUACAACAUGAACUGGUCCAUGGAUGAGGGCCUAGACAACAUGAUCAUCAGUGGAGCCCUGUACGGAGUGCCUAUUGCUGUGGUGCGGGACCGGAAGCAGUUUGGCAGGAUUGCAACCACUGCCAAACCUGUCAUAACAAUUUACAACUGUGUAGGGAAUGUUAUAUCAAAGAUUUUGUGGAACAGCGGAGUCCUGGUCCACAUGGGCUGGUCGGACGGGGAGCAGCUGCUGUGUGUGCAGGAGAGCGGAGAUGUGCUCGUUUAUGACAUGUUUGGCGCCUACCAGAAGACAUUCAAUAUGGGGCAAGAAAUUAGGGACACUAAGGUCAGCAAAGCACAGCUGUUCCCAAAUAGGACUGGCUCUAACACCAACCGCUGAGCAACAUCUCCGAGCCCAAAGUCAGGCCCGUACCAGAUCUGCCAC